CCCAUCCUCCCUCCGUCUUCUUCGUCGUCUUCCCACCACCACUCUCCUUAAUUGCACUUGUUGCAUUUCAUUUUCACAGCUUCUUCCAUCCAUCCAUCGCCUCAACCACCGCAUCCAAUGGGCAAGAAAGGCCUCACCUCCCUCUUCUCCAGGCUGGCCGCCGCCGAUUCCUCCUUCGUCGCCGCCGGCUCGCCGUCGCCGCCUUGGCGGCAGUGGUCGUCUUCCUGCGCGGCCCAGCCGCAGACGGCGUCGUUCCGUGGGUGCUACGACUACGAGGAGCCGUGCAGCACGGCGGCGGCAGCGGCGGGAAGGGGAGGAGGCAGGUCGUCGGUGGCGACGGGGAGGGGGAGGUUGCCGAGGAAGUGCGGGGAGAUGUACAAGACGGUCAACUCCGUCUACCUCGACGACUCCGCCGAGGACGGCGGCGGAUGCGAGUUCUUUGGUGAGGACGACGAGGUGGUGGUGGUGGAGGAGGAGGAUGACGGCUUCUCGACGACGACGGCGGCGGACGAGGAGUGGUCCGAGGCGGUCAUUCGCAGCCUCGGCCGCCGGACGUCCACCGACCGCUUCUUCUUCGACGACACCGGGCCCGGCCGGCCGGCGACCAACUCCAUCCUUGCCACCGCGAGGGCAGUGGCACCACCGCCACCACCACUACCGGAGGAGGAGGAGAAAGCAGCGGCGGCGCUGUCCGACUCCGACGACGACAGCCUCCCGAUGCCGCCGGCGGCGCACAUCCCCGACAAGUCGCAGCUGGUGGAGGAGAGCGUGGCGGUGGCGGUGGACUCCUCGGACCCGUACCGGGACUUCCGGGCGUCCAUGGAGGAGAUGGUGGCGGCGCACGGCCUCCGCGACUGGGACGAGCUGGAGGAGCUCCUCCUCUGGUACCUCCGCGUCAACGGCAAGCACAACCACCCGCUCAUCGUCGGCGCCUUCGUCGACCUCCUCCUCGGCCUCGCCUCCUCCUCCUCCUCGCCGGAGUCCACCACCACAGCAACUACCACCACCACGACAACGACGACGAGUGACACCAGCUGCUGCUGCAGCAGCAGCAGCACUGUGAGUGCUACCACCAGCAGCGCAUCCGCGAGCACGAGCACCACCAGCAGCAAUGCCGUCCAUGUCGUCACUGUCGCCGCCGCCGCCGCCGCCGCCGCCGCCACGCCGGCGGCGGUGACAGCAUCACCAGGUUGGAUCAGGGUAUGGGAUCCAAAUUUGGAGCACCCACGUUAG